UUAACGCGUAUUGACCCAAAGCGAAAUGAAAAGAAAACCCCUUAAUUUUAAUGCUUAGAGAGCCCAUGCAUGUCUCCAGGACACCGUUUUGUUUGUAAAGCUCAUUCCUAAAUCAAUUUCUUCAUUUCCACUGAGAGAGAGAGAGAGAGAGAGAGGCACAGUGGGAUUGGAGCGAGGGUGGAAUUUCACAGGGGGAUCAAAGAGAGACGGAGAUUCGGUUCAGUGGGAUUAUAGAGAGAGAGACGUACUUCCUCGUACCUCAUAAAAGAAAUGCAAUGUAUAACGGUCGCACGCCGAUCCUCUGAGGUCAUUAACUGCACAGAGUAAGAGAGAGAUAGAGAGAGAUUCUCUCUGUAAAGGGUAUGCCCUAUUCUAUCCAUCGUGGGCUUUAAAUAGAGUUGGGGUGAGAGCCAUCUUCUGCAACUGCUUGCAGGCCUUUCCCCCAAAUUCAAAAGCAAAAAACGAAAAUGUCAACUCCACUUUUUCUUCUUCUCAUUCUUUCAACGGUUCAAUUUUCUGUCUCCUAUGUGCAAAUUGAGAAACCCCAUCAUCGAUCUCAGCCAUCCAGAUCUCUUCUCCGUUCAAUCGACGAUCAAGAUCCACCCGAUCUUGCUGUUGAUUUGAACAGCUCAGAUUUUGAUCGCUAUCUUGCGGAUUCCCCUGCUUCGUGGGCCAUUGUUGAGUUCUUUGCACACUGGUGUCCUGCUUGCCGCAACUACAAGCCUCAAUAUGAGAAAGUUGCAAGGCUUUUCAAUGGACCAGAUGCAGUGCACCCAGGGCUUAUUGUUAUGACGAGGGUGGAUUGUGCAUUGAAGAUAAAUACCAAGUUAUGUGAUAGAUUUUCAGUCAGGCAUUAUCCCAUGUUGCUAUGGGGACCUCCAUCUAAAUUUGCAUCUGGAGAAUGGCAACCUAAAACUACCAACAGUGAAAUACAGGCUAUUGAUGAUGCACGCACUGCUGAACGCUUGCUAAAUUGGAUCAACAAGAAGAUAGGCAGGACCUUCAGUUUGGAUGAUGAGAAGUUUGAGAAUGAAGCACCACAAAAUACUUCAGAUCCUAGGCAGAUUGCUCGGGCUGUAUAUGAUAUCGAAGAAGCUACGGGACAUUCUUUUGACAUCAUCUUGGAACACAAGAUGAUCAAUUCGGAUACUCGAGCUCCACUCAUACAGUUUUUACAACUUUUGGUGACAUGUCAUCCUUCAAAGAGGUGUCGAAGGGGUAGUGCAGAUAUACUAGUGCACUUUGAUGAUUUGUGGCCUUUGGAGCUCUUGUCAAUCAGUGCCAAAGAGAAUGCUUCUCCUCAUGAAAGGGAUGCUCUAAAGAGCUUCCAGAUCUGUGGCAAAGAUGUCCCUCGUGGAUACUGGAUAUUUUGCCGUGGUAGUAAGAAUGACACAAGGGGCUUCAGCUGCGGGCUGUGGGUUUUAUUCCACUCAAUCUCAGUGAGAGUUGGAGAUGGAGAGAGUCACUCAGCAUUCACGGCCAUAUGUGAUUUCAUCCACAAUUUCUUCAUCUGUCAAGAAUGUCGGCAGCACUUUCACAAAAUGUGCUCCAGUGUUCCCACUCACUUCAACUCGACCCGAGACUUUGCACUAUGGCUUUGGCGCACACAUAACCAGGUCAAUGAGAGGCUGAUGAAAGAGGAGGCAGAUGCAGGGACUGCUGACCCCAACUUCCCCAAAAGGAUAUGGCCCUCCAAGCUCCUCUGCCCAUCUUGUUACACUUCUUCAACACACAAAGAUAGUUGGAACGAGGCGGAGGUCUUCAUUUUCUUAGUCAAUUACUAUGGCAAAAUGCUCAAAUCUUCUUCUGAUAGUGAGAGCUUAAGCAAUGGCAGGCCAAAUGAGGCUGAUGACUUGGCUGCUUCAACGAGUGCCGUGGCAGUUCCAGUGGGUGCGGCGUUGGCCAUAGCAGUGGCGAGCUGUGCUUUUGGAGCAUUGGCAUGUUUUUGGCGGACCCAACAGAAGAAUCGGAAGUAUUUACACCACCAUCACCACUCUUUAAAGAACAUAUGAUGAGUAGUAGGAGGGCAGAGGCGGAGUUGGAACUGAGUAUAUAGGUUUGUGGAUGGAUAAAGAUAUAUACUCAGAUUCAGGUGUGUACCUGCCCGCUUAAAUUUUGGAUCAAUUAUCCGUGCACUUAGCUAGAGUUUAGUGCUGACAAUAGCUUGGCAGAGAUUCUGAUCCCGCCCUCUCUCGUCUGCUAAUAAGCAGUCCAAUGUCCCAAUUGUUUUUCAUAAAUAACAUUAUUUUGAUUUUUACAAAUACAGAACAGUGUUUCUCUUUCACAUAUAUGAUGUAUAUUAGCAGCUUCUUAUUUAUUGAAUUUGGAAGUUCAAUUGGAACUUUGUACAAUAUGAGCUGAGUAUUGUCUUGCAUUAUUAUUGUCACUGUGAAUCUUUUCUUGGGCAUCAACAUGCUCUUUGCCUGUCAAUAUAUGGUAUGAUAAUGGAGUAAACCUU